CGUGGGACCCGGCCUGCACCGGAGCCUGGCUUUAGAGCCCACAGGGGCUCACACUUCAACUGGACACAUUCCACGGGACGUGUGCCCAUGAGGUCGUCGCCACUGGUCCUGCUCCUCUUGAUCGGCGUCCAGGCUGUGCUGAACAUGGAAGGUGGGCAGGCCCUGACCACCAGGGCACCCAACCACAAAACAGGACAGCAGACAGCAGCCAAUCACAGAGCAGGACAGCAGCAGACAGCCGCGGGGGACCACCUCUCCAGGUGCCACUCUUCACAGGACCAUCAGAGGACCAGCCCCCACAGGACCAGGAGGUCGCCGCGAGCGUCUCCGCAGGCCGCAGAGAGCAGCCCGGUCGCGGGGGACUCAGACUCCCCCGCCGACCCCUCCAUUCCCGAGGUGGACCCCAAACUCUUCUCCAAACGGCGUUACCAUUCCUCGCCCCGCGUCAUCUUCAGCGAGGCGCCCCCAUCGCGCGACGCCCCGGAGGGCGAGCCCGGUGACAUUAGGGGCACUAACGGGGCGAGGGUGAGGCGCAGGGCGGGCCUGCAGCCCAUGCACCGGGGGGAGUACUCCAUCUGCGACAGCAUCAACACCUGGGUGGACAACCUGACACGGGCCACAGACAUCGCCGGCAACGAGGUCACCGUGCUGCCCAACGUGAAAAUCAACAACGUGGUGAAGAAGCAGAUCUUCUACGAGACCACCUGCCUGUCCGCCACACACGGCAGGCGUGGGACGGCCGCCGGCGCCGGCGGGGGCGGGGGCGGGGCCGGGGGCGGCAAGGGAGGGGGGCGGGCGGACAAAAAGUCGGGCAACUUGGGCUGUCGAGGCAUCGACAACCGCCGCUGGAACUCCUACUGCACCAACACGCACACGUACGUACGCGCCCUGACCACCUUCGACAACAAGAUGGCGUGGCGCCACAUUCGCAUCAACGCCGCUUGCGUGUGCGUGCUCAGCCGGAAGUCCUGGGGGGGGCGGCUGGGGCGCUGA